CUGACGCGUGUGGCGGAGCUGGGUGAGGGCGGGCCCCGGCCAUGGCGGAGGCCGUGGUACCCGAGUACGAGUCGGCGGAGCUGUAUACGCGCUCCUUCCACGUGGGCGCCCUGAGCCGCGGCUGGCGGCAGCUGCUGGAGCCGCCCGACCUCUCGCUGGCGGCGGAGGCGGCGGAGGAGGCGGACGCGGCCGUGGCGGCRGCGCUGGGCUGCGAGCCGGGCACGGCGGCCGAGCUGCGCGCCGUGUGCAGCACUGAUAUGCUAAUGUCUUCUGAAAAAGAAGAGGACCCAGAUGUUAUCCCUGAAGAUAGCAAUCUGCUCACCCUUCGAGUUAGAAAGAAGGCCUUAGAGAGGAGAGAAGAAACAAUUAUUGUUGAUCGAGCUUGCAGACAAGAAACCCUUACCUAUGAGAUGGAGUCACAUGCAACUGGAAAGAGGCCAGACAAUCCAACAGAUCUAAUUGAGGAAGGAGAACUACUUUUGACUGUGAACAUCUUUUAUCCUGUUAUAUUUCAGAAGCAUAAAGACCACAAACCCUACCAAACAGUCCUUGUGCUGGGCAGCCAGAAGCUCACGGAGCUGAGAGACUCGAUUUCUUGCGUCAGUGACCUCCAGAUAGGUGGUGAGUUCAGCAGUCAGCCAGAUCAAGCACCAGAGCACAUCAGCAAGGAUCUCUACAAAUCUGCCUUCUUCUAUUUUGAAGGCAUCUUCUAUAAUGAUAAAAGAUACCCAGAGUGCAGAGAUCUGAGCAGAACAAUUAUAGAGUGGUCAGAAUCUCAUGACAGAGGCUAUGAAAAUCUUCAGUCUGUUAAAAUGGAGGACUAUGUAUUUAAUGAUUUAUCCCUCAAAAUUGGCUUUCCAUACCUUUUCUGCCACCAAGGGGACUGUGAACACAUCAUUAUAAUCACAGAUAUAAGGCUUAUUCAUCAUGAUGACUGUCUGGACAGGAAUCUGUAUCCCUUGCUAAUCAAGAAACAUUGGCUAUGUACCAGAAAAUGCUUUGUGUGCAAAAUGUAUACAGCAAGGUGGGUGACCAACAGAGACAGUCUGGCACCAGAGGAUCCUUGUUUCUUCUGUGAUGUUUGUUUUCGAAUGCUCCAUUAUGAUGCAGAAGGAAAUAAACUGGGGGAGUUUCUUGCAUACCCUUAUGUUGAUCCUGGGAUUUUCAACUGAAACUGAUGUGCRCCAGGAUGAAUUCAGUGAACUACAUUGUAGAAUCCAUUGCUCUGGCUGUUAAAACCACUGGACACCUUUGUUAAAACCACUGGAUACCUUGAGUUUUGAACAUACUGCUGGGUUUUGGGUUAGGCGUGUAAUCCUCUCCCAUGACGUGGAAGGAGCCCUUUGCACUUGAAGUCUAUUUGAUGUGUUUUUCUGAGUAAGUAAGCAUAAUUUUAAAGUUGGCAUGGAAACUUUAAACAUAAACACUUUUACAACAGUACAGUAGUUUGGAUGCUUUGGACUGUAAAAUAUCGAUGUUUGAGAAUACCUGGCAAAAGAAUCCAUGAUUUUGAGAAGCUCUGUGCAUCCAAGGCUCUGUAAACCUCUGAGGAUGAGAACUCAGUAUGGAUAUCUUACCCUGAAAACUAAGGCAGUUAUCUUUGAACAAGGGUGGAUGGCACUGGAUUUGUAGCGAGGAGAAUACAUUCUGAGAGAGAAGCUCAGAAUUCUGGUUAAACUCUUGGGUCUUUCCUACAAGAUGCAAGAUGCAAGCUUGCAUCUAAAAGCUGCUGCUGUCCAUGGUUUCUGAGGACUGUUUCUAUAAAGAGGAAAUUUUGUUUCACCAUUACUCAAUAGUAGCCUGUCUUUUAAAUAACUUUUUCAACUGUUUACAGUGUAUGCUGUGGCCAUUGUGCACUUUUUUUUAGUAUCAUCCUGUUAUUGUAAGUAAUGAUUUUUUUAUUAAAAUGUGACCAAUUUGUA